AUGCCAAGUGAAUUUUCAACUUAUUUAAAAUAUUGUCGUAAUCUUGAAUUUACUGAUGAACCUAAUUAUCAUUAUUUAUUAGAAUUAUUUGAUGAUCUUUUUGUACGAUAUGCUUUUGUACGUGAUUAUGUUUAUGAUUGGAAUCUUAUUCGAUUUCGACGUGGUUCAACAUCAACAAAUAAUCGAGCAUCGCCUAUACUUAAAAAUGAUGUCACAGAACGGCCAAUAAUUUUAACUAAUAAACGAUCAAAAUCUCUUACACCUGUUGUUGCUACUACUACUACUCGACAUUUAAAUCAACCUCAAUAG